CACAGCACUCCGGAAUCCAAGAUGGCCGCCGAGGAUCUUGAGUGGGAGAGAUCCAAAAUCUCCAACCAAGACACCAACAUGCUGAAGAGGCUUGGCCUCAUGAAGAAGGAGGACGCCAUCCGCUUCCCUAGCGAAGAAAGCUACCCCAAGCCUCCAAUGGAGUAUCGGGUUAGUUUUGUUGAUCAUCUCAUCCGCGGCCUCUCGACCCCAAUCCACGAUUUCCUCCGCGGUCUUCUUUUUGUUUAUGGGAUUCAAUUGCACCAAUUGACUCCCAAUUCCAUCCUUCACAUUUCUAUUUUCAUCACACUUUGCGAAUGCUUCCUCGGAAUCCCUCCCAAUUGGGCUCUGUGGAAACGCAUCUUCUGCCUCCGCCGCAAUGGCUCCCACAACGUCACUUAUAACAUAGGUGGCGUUGUUAUCUGUGUUCGCACUGAUGUCGACUAUUUCGACGUCAAAUUUCCUGAUUCUGUCCAAGGAUGGCGCAAAAAGUGGCUCUACAUUCACGAAGAAAGCGCCAACUCCGUUGAGCACAACAUAGUUCCUUUCGACGGAAGUGCCAAAAUUCAGCGCCGCCGCUCCUGGGAUGCCGAAGCUUCCGAGGAAGAGAAAAAGGCGACAGAGGCGCUCAUGUCUCGUAUUCGCCAGCUUCAAAACACUCGAGGCAAAGAGCUUUCUGGUGUUCAAAUCACUGCCUAUUUCCUUAGGAUUAGAGUGCAGCCUCUUCAGGCUCGCAAAAAUCCCCUUUGGACAUAUUCUGGUAAAAAUGACGCCAACAGAAUCUCCGGUGAUCUUUCCACCAAGGACUUGGAGAAGUUGAUUCGAAGACUUUCUCGCCUGGGUAAAGACCCAAUUCCUUCCUCUUGUCGCGUGGAACCGUACAGCGCCGCCAAUCCACUCCCCGAGAACCAUCCUACCAUGACUUCCCUUCCUCCUCUUCCGGAGGGUGGAGAAGUCGAAGAACAGGCCAUCGUUGCCGAAGAUACUCAAGGUUCUUCUAUUCGUGAAAGUGAAGUCGCGGGUUCUCACAAAUCUGCGGCUUCUCAUGAAAAAGAAGUUGAGUCUGAAGCCAGUGAAUCGACGCAAUCCCUUCCUCCUGCUGUUUCUCCCAAGAACAAAAGGAAAAGGACUAAUGUUGAAGAUUCUGGCACCUCUAAGGCUGAAGAAGUUGUUCCUUCUCAUCCGAAGGCAACUUACGAUCUUUAUGCUGAAUCCCUCAUCAGCUCGUAAGUCGUCUUUAUUUCUCUCUAUUUUUGUACUCGAAAUAUUUAGCUUGUCUUGCUUUUUAUGCUGCCGAUUUUUUGAUUAUUAGCGAUGACGAGGAAGAAGUUCCAACUACUGACGUGGCUCCUCGGACAAGCACGUCACGUACUGUACUUGCCUCAGACACGCUAGUUGAAGGAGAAGAAACCUCGCCUCCUCAACAAAACGUCGUCACCACUACUCCGCCAUCAAGCCCCCUUGCUCCUUCACCAAAAAGGGCAAGGGUUGAAAAGAUUAUUGAACCUGCCCCUCAGUUGGGCAGUUCGUCGACUCUGCUCCUAGAUGAUGUAAGCUUGUCGACAUCUAUAUUUUCCUUAUUUUGUUUUUUCACACCUUUUCUCUUUUUCAUGCCGAUGUUUUUCUUUCUGUGUUCACGUUGAACAGCCUAUGAUCAAGGAUCUUCUCCGCAUCGGUUCCC